AUGUUACCUUCCAAUGGUUUUUCGUAUGGAUGCAGUACUUGUGAUUAUUCUGUAGAUGUCAAUUGUGGAUUCCUACCCAAAGAAAUCACACAUGAAGCUCACCCUGACCAUCUUCUCUCAAGAAUAGAUGCUUCAUCCAGUCUAUCGAAAGCACCAUGCAAUGCAUGUGGUUGUUACAUAACAUAUUGCAUCGCAUUCCGUUGCCAUUCUUGCAAUUUCUACUUGGAUACAAAGUGUGCUUUUAUGUUGCCUGGAUUGAUUAGGCACAAGUACGAUAAGCAUCCAUUGACCCUAAGACACAAUCCAGUCGAGAACCAUCCUGGCGACUACUUUUGUGAAAUUUGUGAGGAAGAAUUUAACCCAGAAUCUUGGUUCUAUCAUUGUGGCACUUGUGUCCAGUCUAUGCCUACUUCAUGUGCACCCUUAAUCAUUCAGUGUGAGCAGGCUGUAUAUACCCACUAUAAGAGAUCUAUUUUCUAUUUCGUUAUUGUCAAGUUUGGAGGGAUGUUUCGGAUAAAAGAUCACCGACAUCUUCUAACAUUUACUCAAGGGAUCAACCGCCAUGGUCUAUGCAAGCACUGUGAUGGAAAAUUGCAGUAUAUGAUGAUCUUUGAUUGCUUGAAAUGCACGUACGCAGUUCAUUAUAAGUGUCGUCAACUUGCCAAUAGACGAACCAUGUUAAUCGCAAAACUAUUUUCAUGUCACAAAAUGAAGAAGCAACAACCUACAUUAUCAAAACGUAUUAAAAACAAGAACCAAUCAUUGUUGACUUAA